UUUGUGCGGACUAUGUAUUAUCAGGUUUCCUUUGUAUUUAGGAAACGUGUCAGAACGCGGAACCAAAUUACAAACGGAUGUAUAAAAGUUAACCGUAACAGCCGUAUAACUGCUACAAAAGUGCAUUUCGUGUCUGUAAUUUUUGAAACCUUAAUAUAACAAGCAGUCGGCCAUUAUCCUUGUUUUUGUUUUUCAAAAGCAGCGAGUGAUUGAAAACAAACCCAGGCGCCAUUCGUCGGGUUAAUAAAAUGGAGGAAAUGUGGAGCGUGGAGCUGCCGGUUAACCAGUAAACGCCGGGUUACCAGUAAACGGCAGUGUCGCGCCUACGAGGACCGUGAGGGAGAGAGAGGAGGGAGCGGCGGAGCCCGGCAAAGGCGCCCGAGAGGAGAAACCCAAAGCAGGAGGAAUAGGGGAGAGGAGUCGCCAGGGUGCAGCUCCUCUGCGUUUUGCACGAAGCCCCACUAACAUCUGGCCAGUUGUAGCAUCUGCACUCUGCAGGAUUACCCGUGAUAACUAACCGCGCAAGUGUAUUUGGACCACCAUUUUUUUGCUGUUAUUAAUGGGAAAAUAGCGAGACACCAUCCGCAAACUUUGCACGUAUAGAUUUUAUCGCUACUGAUCCGGAGUGUUCAUACAGACUGCGGACUCACGCCGCCUCCUCGCAGUCAAAUAGCGGGAGGGGCUGGACCCGGAGCACGGUGCUGGACAUCGAGAGUCGGCGGGUGAAGCGACGCUUCGCGGCUUGUAGGGGAGGGGGGACGCUUCGUUGAGCCACCGAUCAUGGCAGCGGUGGUCAGCUACUCGCCGCCCUGGUGGGUGAACCUGCUGCAUCGGUUGCCGCACCUGAACCUGCAAUUCGAGCCGAUCGGCGGCGCUUUUCGUCCCGAGGAGCCCGAAUAUCAGAAGUCCAUCCUCCUCCUGGGCAGCGUGGCCCUGGCCUGCCUGGCGCUGGACCUCCUCUUCCUGCUCAUCUACUCCUUCUGGCUGUGCUGCCGUCGCCGGAAGGCCGAGGAGCAGACCAACGCGGACUGCUGCUGCACGGCCUGGUGCGUCAUCAUCGCCACGCUGGUCUGCAGUGCCGGCAUCGCAGUCGGUUUCUAUGGGAACGGUGAGACGUGCGAUGGAGUCGGCCGGCUCACAUACUCACUCCGGCACGCAAACCACACGAUCGCGGGAGUGGAGAAGCUCGUGUCCACGAGCACCUCGUCGCUGAACCGGACCGUGGAGGACAGCCUGCAGCAGCUGCAGAGCCACUACUCCCAGACGCCGGAACUGGUGUCCAUUGUGCAGAAGCUGCAGGGGCAGCUGGCGGAGCUGAUGCGCCAUGUGAAAGAGAUCACGUUCUGGGACAACGGGCACAUGUCUCUGGAGGAUCUGGCGGUUAAAACGGAGCUUUUUGAUUGGUACAGGUGGCUGGGUUACUUAGGUUUGCUGCUGUUUGACGUCCUGAUCUGUCUGCUGGUGCUGUUUGGCCUCAUCCGCAACUCCAAGGGCACGCUCAUCGGUGUCUGCUUCUUGGGUAUGUUGACACUGAUUAUCAGCUGGGGAUCCCUCGGCCUGGAGCUGGCAGUUGCCACGACUGCCAGUGAUUUCUGCGUCGAGCCCGAUGCUUAUGUCGUCCAGGUGGCUGAACAGCAUUACGUCAUCAAUAAAGACAUCCUUCAGUACUACCUGAAAUGCACGGCGGGACAGGUGAACCCCUUUCAGCCGAGGCUGUCAGGAGGACACCGAGCGUUGGUGGAGAUGCAGGACGACGUCGCCGAGCUGCUACACACUGCCGUCAAGGACUACCCACAGACCAAGGAGAGCCUGGAGAAGAUCCAGGGGGUGUUAAACACCACGGAAAUCAGUCUGCACCAACUGACGGCCCUGGUGGACUGCCGCAGUCUGCACAUGGACUACGUGCAGGCCCUCACUGGCCUUUGCUAUGAUGGAGUGGAAGGUCUCAUCUAUCUAGUGCUCUUCUCCUUCGUCACCGCUCUGAUGUUCAGCUCCAUUGUCUGCAGCGUGCCUCACACCUGGCAGAGCAAGAGGAAUGAGGAGGAUGGCGAGGAGGAGUCCGUGGCUCACGGCAGCCGGCAGCAGCAGCGCGAUAGCCUGUACCGCGUGCACAUGCCUAGUCUGUACAGCUGUGGGAGCAGUUUCGGUAGUGAGGCCAGCAUCCCUGCGGCCGCGCACACCGUCAGCAAUGCCCCCGUCACAGAGUACAUGAACCAGAAUGCAAACUUUCAGAACCCGCGGUGUGAGAACACCCCUCUGAUUGGCAGAGAGUCCCCACCGCCCUCUUAUACCUCAAGCAUGAGGGCGAAAUACCUUGCCACGAACCGGCCUGACCCCAACAGUUCAGCAGAACAAUAAAACCCAUUAUUUCACACCUCAGCAGCAAGUCCGGACCCGUUUCCGAAAUCCCUCCUGCCUUCCGCCACCUCCCACCCCUGGACUCAUUCCUGUUCUUGUUCCAAAAGCUUGACAUGUGCAUCUUCCCGUACAUCCGCCCUUUGCCACCACUUUCGCCGAUCUUCAGCCGAGGCUUUUGAGAGUGGAAGGGCACCCCUCUGUCGUGUCUUGUGAACACAGCCCAUCUGUGUUUUGAAAGCCUUUGUGAUGCAAGGGGUGGGUGUGUUCGUUCAGGCAACACUUCUAGGAUCCGGUCACAUGCACCACUAGGGGGCGCCAUGGAGUCUGUACCAGCGGAGAGCCAUAACAUGCUGGGACAUCCUCCUGGCAGUCCCCUGACACCCUCCUCCUGUGUGUCACACACUGCCACUCGUCUGCUGUGCGCUGUGGGCCCUGUCUCGCCUGGAGUUGACGGGAACGAUAGCCAGCCAUGGUCCUCAGCCCAUAUGCAUUUUUCACACUGGAGCAUCACUGGUUUAUAAACCAAUGUCAGAAGGGUCUAUUGGCAUGUUUUAAACUUCUCACAGCUUAAACUAUAAGAGUUUACUGACGACAUCUGUUUAUUCUCGGCGCAGUAUGAUUAGGGAGUUUUGCUCAGUGGCUUGCUAUAAUCUUACGUGUAGACUGAAAAUAUAUAACUGUAUCGCUUGUCUUCUCUGUUGCCAUUUUCUGUUUAAAGUGCACUAUCCGUAACCGUGUAUAUGUAGAUAUUGUUCUGCCGCUGAUGCUAAUUGAUCUUUUGAAUCUGAGAAGCACAGAGUGGAGUUGCCUCCGUGAGCACGGACAUGAAGUAGACGUUCCAGAAUGCUGUGGCCUCGGUUAAUGUACGAACGCUCAUCGCUGUUCUGAGUGGAGCAGUGUCUCGCUCUAGAGCCUAAACUGGCACCUAUAGCCUGAAGUAAGGAUUCUUAAAAGGUCAUCUUUGCUUUAUGCAGAUAAUUUAAAAAGAGUGGUUUUUAAGAGAGGCUUAGUCAUAUCGUUCUGGACGGAGACUGAAUUCUCUUGGUGUUAGUUCUGCUCGGGAAGAUCCCAGUUUCGACCCUCCAUUUUUGACGGAUCUACAUCUAUCUAUCUAUAUACGAUGUACAAAAACUUCAUGGGAGGACCAUUAAAAAAUGUAUUCAAUUGGCACUGAAAGGUGGGGUGUUUCACUUCAUUAUCCUGAUUUUCUAUUUAUUUUAAUACACACUUGAUUCACACUGACCAUAGUUUUACUAUUACUGUGCAAGACAAUUUAAAUUUGUAUUGGUGUCUGCAGGGUAACUUAAGAAAUAUACUAGGGACCAUUGGACACUCACUUCAGCUGAAGGUGUCCGUCUGUCUUCAGUCUCCAUCCCGGUUUAAUGCCACUGUCGGCACUGAUGUACCGUUCAGCAUUGCCUGGCCUGUACACACUUGUGCACGUGUCAGAUGUGGACCUGGAUGAUGAGUUCUGUGGCAGCCGGUGGCCGAACCGGUUGCAAGCUGGACUUUUUGCGGGAGGGCGGAAGGUGGCAGGGUGACCAGUGCCAAAAACGGAGACCCGGGCAGGUGGACGACUCGGAACUCCUCUGUUUUCAUCUGUGAGCAAACGGCUGCUCAAAUGCAGGGCUGGAAAUAGAGAUGUUUUAUUAUUUUUCCUAUGUAAGCAAACUUCUGGUGCUCUUUUAAGGUGAUAAUGUGACUAACAAAACUAAAAAGUUCGGGAUUUUUCUUGUAUUUUGUAUGUUUUUCUUUGCUGGUGGGGGUUGGGGGGGGCUUCAGUCUGUUCUGUUCUGCCACACACAGGUAUGUUUCGUUGUUACUGGAAAGCACAAGUGUUUUAUCGUGACGAACAAGGAUCCUCGCUGAGCGACAGCCAGCACAUCCGGACUAAAUGAGCGUCGUGCGGACAACCGCUGUGAAACGGAGAGACUUUCCUUUGAAUCUGUAAAAUACUCUGCUGUGAAGAUGUCAGCUUAACGACGUUCUUGUGCUAGUGUCAGCGUGUCCGUGCGUGAUGUGGUAGGUGUCAUUCCCUUGCCAGUGGAAGAGGCACAAGGCCUCCUUUCCUCCGAACACCCUCUCUCUCUCCCCCCAGCACAGUCUUGAGCUGGUAUCUGCUGUGUCAUGAAUGACCAAAACCACUAAUGACUUUGCACAGAGAGAAGCCAUAUCAGGGGGGGCGGGGGGGGGGGGACAAUUGGUGAUAAAAGUACACAGGGGUGUAAUUCAGGUGCGUCACCUUUGCUUUAUAGGAACAUUCUCUGUAAUUUGUACUUUAACAUUUUUAGAUUCACCUUAAAACAUUUUCUUCAUCCUGCCAUCCCUGUUUGUUUCAGAAUAAUUCAUAUAAUUUUAUAAUUUUUUUAAUGAUCAUUAUUAUCGCUAUUUCAAUUAUUAAAAUGUGUGGGUUGGAACCUUCUGAGGAAGCAAAUAACGAAGGUAAAUACCUUGAAGCAGACUAAGUACAGCACAUACAAACCACCGUUUCCUUCAGUAUCUUUGUUCUGUUUUCCUUCAUCAUAUCACUGGCAACCUGAACAACCAAAUGACUCCUGUGAAACCUGAGCCCUGUUUAAAAAAGAAAAAAAAAAAACUUAUUUUCUGUGGGAGAGAUCUCUGUGAGACAAUCUUACUGUUUUUAAAUUAGUAAUUGCUAGAAUUAUGUAUAUUUAGCUUAAUGUUUGCACGAAGAAAAAACUGGUUUGUGAAAAUUGCCUUUGCAAAUAUUUGAAACCAUAUCUUUGUUUUUAAAACUGUUUUCAUUUAUUCAAGAAAUAUUGCAAAGUACAUCAACUUAUUUCUCUGUGAACAACUAUUUUGGUCUUAAAUGCUCUGUUUUGAUAAACAAUCUUACAGUAAUAACUUUCUUUUAGCAAUUUAUAAAAUAUUGUACAUGUAAAAUCUGUGAUUCCAUUGAGCUUGAAUUCAAUGUCUUAAAAUCUAUUAAAGUACAUUAACAGAAAAUUCUCAAUAUUUGCUGUUAAUCACAUUUCCACUACAUUUUCCUUUACAUGCUCUUCAUUUAAACGGUGUGUUGUAUACACCACGAUUAUUGAUGGUGUGUGGCCAACAGAUGGCGCUAUUACUACACAGGUUAAACCAUGUCAAUUACUGCGCACAACUCCCCGUGAAUGUUUUAAGUACAAACAAUGGAAUGUAUCUAUUGUCCUUUGAUUUUGAGUUUGCUUUAGUGAUAUUAGCAUGUCUGAAAUGCACAAUAAGUUUUGUAGACAUUGAAACAAUGAAACAUUAAAUGAUCAUAUUAGAUGUUGA